GAGAGAGGCAGAGUGAGCGAGAGAGAGUGUGGAGGCACCCAGCAGCUGAGGUGGAGGAAAUGGAGCGGUUUAUGUGUGGGAACUGAACUGAGGAUCAGCAGGAAAACUGCAUGUGGACGGAAGGACUUGACUGGUAGGAAGGAGCAGGAUUAUAAGGAGAGCUGGUCAUGCCGCCCGGAAAGCGAGCGGAUGGUCCGAGCAGUGGCAGUGUGGCAAAGGGCCUGAGCCCACUGUAUCAAGACCAACUGUACCAGGACCCGAUUCCAGGCGACCUUUCUUUGGCCCUGUCCGCCUCUCUGAGUCGUGCCCAGGAUGAGGAGCUGACCAGCCUGAGCUGGCUUCAUGAGAGCACGGACCUGUUGACCAGUCUGGGCCACUCAGGCCUGCGCAGUGUGAGCCCCCUGCAGGACUCUCAGGGUUACUGCGAAUCUUCAUCGCCAUCUCCGUCAAACUCUCCCAAAUCCAGCGGUAUUUCGCCGGGACACGGCCGCAAACCGCCGUACUCCUUCAGCUGCCUCAUCUUCAUGGCCAUCGAGGAUGCGCCGGCCAAGCGGCUCCCCGUCAAGGACAUUUACGGCUGGAUCCUGGAGCACUUCCCUUACUUCGCCAGCGCCCCUACUGGCUGGAAGAACUCGGUGCGGCACAACCUGUCGCUCAAUAAGUGCUUUAAGAAGGUGGAUAAGGAUCGCAGCCAGAGUAUAGGUAAAGGUUCUCUGUGGUCUAUAGAUCCUGAAUACAGACACAAUCUGAUCCAGGCUCUGAAGAAAACCCCGUAUCAGCCCUGCUCUCCUCAGCUUCCUACACUCUCCUCUCCACAGCAAUACCACAGCCGUCCCCUGUGGUCAGGGAGUCCACUCUUCCGAAAAAAUGGUGGAGUAAUCCUACAAGUUCCUCAGAAAGUGAUCCAGCACGGCACCCGGCUCAGAACUGAGGGGCUUCUCCCAGUCAUCAGACCCUUACCCAUAAGUCCUUUAGGGAGGACCACAGGAGUGAGAACGGUUCUGGGUGAUUAUCUGACCCGAGAUAAAGCCAGUUUAUCCCGCAAUGAUCCACCGGAGGAGUGCAGUUCUUCUUCCAGUUCUCCCCACACCACCCAGCCUGUCUGCAUCCAAGCUCAGAAGAUCAUCAGAGUGGUCACAGAGGUGAAAAAGGAGCCUAGAGACUUCCCGCUGAGCACCACCAUGGUAGCAUCAGAGCAGCCUAUCAGAAGAACGAACUGCACCAAAGUCCGUCUGCUGAAACCCGGUGAUACACUUCCUCUGAAGAAGAGGAGGGCGGAGAAAUUCCCACCCAGCGACAAUGAGGACGAAGAAAUGAAGGAGGCGGCGGGGUCGCUGCUUCACCUGGCCGGAGUACGAGCCUCCCAGAGCAAAACCAAUCAGAACACCUCCAAAGUCCAGAGAGAGGCGGAGAAAGAUUCGCCAGACUAACAUAGCAUUGAUUUUUAGCGUGCCAGUGAUGCUGUUCCUGCCAGUGUUUGCUCCCCGACAGGCCCCACUCGUUCUGUUUUUUAGAAUUUCAGGUGAAUUCAUAUGUGGCAAUAUUGAUCAAAUCAACGUUUUACUUACGUUCAAGCACUAUUUUUUUUUUAACAGGCCUCGGUUUGUUUUUUGUGCGCUCGUGUGAAGGGAUACAAGCCAUAGUGAAAGUCAUUAACAUACGAGGAUUUUUCAUUUUCACGUGUCAUACGGCUGACUGGUGCAGGAGAUGUCAAAAUUCUUCCAAAAGUAAAGCGGAAAGCUUGACUGAGGCUGUUUUCACAUCUCUACAAACCUGAGGUUGAUUUCAGAGCUUGGUUCAUUUUAGCCCAGUGGGUUUUACUCCAAGGGUUGCCAGAUUCAGGCCAUUUCAAACUUAGCAAAAAAUAUGGAACGGGUUCAAACUUGCCCAAAAUGUGUUUUAACCAACAAACUGCUAUAUACUAGUGAUAUGGCCAGAAUUACACUUAGCGGGGGCCUGUUUACAGAUCGGCAAGCGUUAAGGCUAAAAGACAUGAAGCCGAGCGCCACAGCUUGCCUUUAAUUCAUCUGGCUGACAUGAGUUGCUUUAACAAUUGCCAGCAUACCACAGCAGUUAAAGGCUAAUUAACCACAUUGCGAUGUUCUUGUCAUUUUUUCACGGUAUUGAACUUGCCAGCUGGAUGAACAGCCUAGAAGAGCGCAGAUCAGCAGAUCAGGAAGAAGAGUGUAGGUGAAGCGGUUACAUCCCGGAGCCUGUAUAAGGAACAACAUUUAGCACCAUUUUUAGUGAUAGACAGUAGGAUUCUCAAUGUAAUUUGCACAGUAAAAUAUUUCAGAUUUACUUUAGUAGUUAAAAGUAAAGAGAAACCCCAGAAUAAUGAGCCUUACUGAAGCAUUUAAAUCAGUUCUAUUUGGGGGGAAAACAUGAUGUAUAAUUAUAGAAAUAUAUCAAGACCAGGACUGUACCAUACCGACCACCACUACAAUGAAAGUGUACAAUGAAAACCAACAAUAAAACAAUAAACCUACCUAUAAAACGAUUCACGGCAUAGUCCCACUCACAAGUGGCCCCCUCGGCACUGUAGCUGCACCUCCUACCCUUUAAUGCCAUGUAGCCCAAAUGGCUUAUUUUCUUUUUGAUAAUUCUGGUUUAAAACCAGCGCAUCACUUGUUUCUGAACUAGCUUGGUGUGAAAACCAAAAAAUCUGGAAACUCCGCAAACCUCACACUUCAGUGUGUGACGUAAUCUAACACCUGAUUCCUCUCUUUCGUAAUUACCAACUCCCUUGUGUGCCAGAGCAGGAAAAACACUAAAAUAUGUAAAGCACAGGAUUGGGAAGCAUUCCCUCAGCCUGUAUGAAAGCAGAUGUUUGAACAUGAAGGUGUUCCCUUAGGCUCUGUUCGUGACUAAAGAGCCAGCAGACUGCCCUGUGAGAGACAGAUCCAUUCACUCACAGGUAUUUUUCAGCUCAGACAUUUAAAAACUGCUCUGCUGGUUAUAAAAAGUGCUAUAACAUUUCUAAGGCUUUGUUCGCACUGCAGGUAAAAGUGGGCCGAAUCAAAUCAUAAUGCUACGUUAUCUUCAUCACUGCUUUCCAAAACUGCUACAGCAAUUUCAGAAGCUUCAGAAGCUUUUCACAUGUGUCUCCAAUGUAUACACAUUAAUAACCUUUAUUUAUACCGUUUUAUGAAUAACAUUAAGUCAGUGGUUAAAAAACUCGCAGUGCGGUGUGGAACUGAACGGGACCGUUAACUCCGGCUUGGAGUGUGUGUGAAAACAGCCUUAAAGGUUUUACCUGCUGCUCUUACUCUGGGAAGUGCCAAAGAUGAUUCCUACAUAAACGAGUGCAGCUAAACCAAGUUUAUUUAGAAGAGUACCUGACAAAACGGUGACGGAAACAACCUACGCUGCAAAAAAUGUGUUCUUUGUGUUCAUUUUCAUGUUGAAAUGAUUCGAGGGGUGCGCCGCUGUUUAAUCACUAGAGCCGGUGUAAAGGAGGGAUCGUUGAUUUCAGAAGCUGGCUAACAAAAGUGCUAGUUAGCAAGCUAGAUAAAACCUCUCUAGUCCUGACAGGUUGAGUGUUGGUGGUCCUGCCUUCUAGUUUUAAUGGGUUGGAUAUUGGUGAUCCUGAUGGGCAGGAUGUUGAUGGUCCUGCAUGUUUGUCUUGAUGGAUUGGAUCAUGGUGGUCCCACCUCUUUGACCUGAUUGGUUGGGUGUUGGUGGUCUUGCAUCCUUGACCUGAUUGGGUAGAUAUUGUCAGUCGGCCUCCUUGUUCUGAGUAGCUAGACAUUGGUGGUCCUGCAUCUUUGUCCUGAUGGGUUGGAUGUUGGUGGUCCUGCCUGUUUGACCUGAUUGGUUGGAUGUUGGCAGUCCUGAUUGGUUGGUUGUUGGUGGGCCCUCUUCCUUGUCUUGGUCAGUUGAAUGUUGGUGCUUCACAUCCCUGUCUUUGGUGGCUGUUAGUGGUCCUACAUCCUUGUCCUGAUUGGUUGGAUGUUGGUGGUCUUGCAUCCUUGACCUGAUUGGUUGGAUGUUGGUGGUCUUGCAUCCUUGACCUGAUUGGGUAGAUAUUGUCAGUCAGCCUCCUUGUUCUGAGUAGCUAGACAUUGGUGGUCCUGCAUCUUUGUCCUGAUGGGUUGGACGUUGGUGGUCCUGCCUGUUUGACCUGAUUGGUUGGAUGUUGGCAGUCCUGAUUGGUUGGUUGUUGGUGGGUCCUCCAACAGUUGAAUGUUGGGUCAGUUGAAUAUUGGUGCUUCACAUCCCUGUCUGGUUGGGUGUUAGUGGUCCUACAUCCUUGUCCUGAUUGGUUGGAUGUUGGUUGUUCUGCAUCUUUGUCCUGAUGGGUUGGAGGUUGGUGGUCCUACCUCUUGGACUUGAUUGGUUGGAUAUUGGCAGUCCUGAUUGGUUGGUUGUUGGUGGGCCCUCCUCCUUGUCUUGGUCAGUUGAAUGCUUCACAUCCCUGUCUGGUUGGGUGUUGGUGGUUCAACCCCUUGGACUUGAUUGGUUGGAUGUUGGCAGUCCUGAUUGGUUAGAUGUUGGUGGUCCUGUAUCCUUGUCCCGAUUGGUUGUAUUUUGGUAGUCCUAAUGGGUUGGAUGUUGGAGGUCCCACCUUUUUGACCUGAUUGGUUGGUCCUGCCUAUUUGACCUUAUUGGUUGUUAGACCCACUGCUUUGACUUGAUUGGUUGGAUGCUGAUGGUCCUGUUUCCUCGUCCUGGCUGGUUGGAUUUUGGUAGUCCUGAUGCGCUGGAUGUUGGUGGUGCUCCUCUUUGACAUGUUUGGUUGGAUGUUUGUAAUCCCACCUCUUUAUCCUGAUUAGGUGGAUAUUAAAGAAAUAUUCACACGUAAAAAUCAGUGAUCUCUCCUUUAAUGAAAGAUUAAGAUCAGCAAAUUUCACACAUUGCAUUUACUCUGAAUUGUUCACAGACUUUUGUUUGUUCACUCAUAUUGACUUUACAGAUUACCAAUGCACCCGACUCUUAUGCUGUGCACCCAACUUUUUUAAAGAAGAGAAUACGUCAUUUUUUUAAAGAAGAGAAUUAAAAAAAAAACUAAAAAAAACAGAAUGAACACACUGCACCAACUCAGAACCUUUCAUUCUGCCGUUCAGUUUUUAAGCAGGUAAUAUUUUCUUAAUGUUUGUGAAAAAUGUCUAAUGGAUGACGAAAUGCAAAAUCAGAUGCAAUAUAUAAAUAAUUUCUGCCAAGCUUAAUGUAAAUGUACAGCACAAAUUCAUAACUGAAGCACACUUAAUAAUAUUAAUAAUAAUAAUAAUAUGUAUAUUAUACAAAGCAAUGGUACAAAACGUGUCUUUUGUGUUACAAUAUCAAACCGUACCAUUACAUGUUUACUUGAUUUAUUUGAUUUGUAUUGUUUUCUAAAACGACAUUACAAUCUAAGCAAUUUUAUCCUGCAGGAUAACACUGUAAAAAAGAUCAGAACUUUAUUAUUACUAUUUUAUUAUUAUUUUUUUAUUUAAGCUUAUAAUUUAGCCUUACCAGUUUUCUCAGUUAUACUGCAUGGGUGCUUGUAAAUAAGAAGAAGGUAUUUUUUUCUCCUUCUUAUUCAAAGAAAAUGUACGAUAGGCGAUGUAUUUAGCAUGAAGCAUGACUUAUUUUCAUAUGGCAGUAGAACGUAGAGGUUUCUUCUCUGUUACUUUUAUGAAGGCUGUGUCCGACGACUCUUCUAAUGGAAGAUACUUCAUGGAUUUUAAUUCAGAAGCUCAGGAUUGUUUUUUGGGCUUCAGGUGAAACCGAUGUUGUUCGUUGUACAAUCCUCAGUUUGGUGGUCCGCAAAAUCGUCCAUGUAAGUGUCCAAAUGUUCGUCGAGAAUCUGUGUUGAGUGAGUUUUCACUCUGUACACCCUUUAAACUUGUGCCUGUCUUCACUACGUGUGCUUGGAUGUGUUUAUGGGUUUAUUUAGUUGGUUUUCUAUGUUUUGUAACGGACAGUUAGGUCUCAUAAAUAAUCCGUUCGAGUUCAAUAUAAGAAGUUCAUAACAGGGAUGAACAAUGAUAUUGGAAUCAUAUUGAUACCUGUGUAAACUGUUUGGCAUUGGGCUUAGAUCUUAGAAUUGAAUGAUAACCAACACUGUUAUCUGAUGACACCUUUCUGUUAAACGUUUAGACGAGGCUACUUCGCUAAUAUAUCCACGUUUUGUUCAUUUUGUUAUUACUGUUCAAAAGUUUGCAAGCACAUGUUAUGAAAUGUUGUUUAUAUACAGUAAUAACAGGAUUUGAAUAUUACAAACUAGACACCAAAUGUUUUUUUGAUGCUUUAUUGAAUAUUUCAAGAAUUCUGUGACCCAAGAAGCGAAUAAAUUAAUAAAAAAUGAACUGAACAUUUGCAUAAUCUCAUCCAGAACAACAUCAGAUUUCAUUAUGUCACAGAUUGUGUUCUGGUGUUCUUGCCUGAGUGGGGAUGUGAACCCUCUCCUGCUGCACCGAAGGCUUUUUCAGUCAUGCUAGAAUCUUCUGCAGCUCUGGUCAUCCUUUUGGACCCCAUCUAAUAUCUCUGUUUUUAUUCACAGCUUCCUGAUGAUCUGAUGAAACCUGGGAAGUUGUUCUGGACAAGCAUAUUACACUCAUUUAUCUGAAACUUUCUAAGAAACCGUGAUUACAAACUUUUGAACGCUGGUGUUAAUCAAUAAAUGUUACAUUUCUCCACGAUGCUAAAACAGGUGAGUUUAAUCCAGGUUCGUUUUCUAUGGGCGCUUUCACACCUACCUUGGUUGUUGAAGGCCAAUCAAGUAAGACGUAUUAUUAUGGCUUUAGUGGUGACGCACAGACAUUAAGCAUCUCUAAUUUCACGCACAGUUGGAGUUUUUGGCUCCGGUGGUGGUCAAUAUGAAAGUAACAGAGAGCUACAAAGUUUCUAAGCACCAAACACCUGCAUAUAAAUUAAUUAUAUAAUAUAUAAGUAACUUUAACUGAUGCAGUGUGGAACCAACUGAGCCCAAAUAAAUCGAUACAGUAUUACAGAAAAAUGAAGUCUUAUGAGUUGGAUUUGUAGCAGUACAUUGUACAUUUAGGGCAUUCGGCUGACGCUCUUAUCCAGAGCAACUUACAGUUUGAUCAUUUUACACAGGGAGGUGAAGGUGGUGUUAGGAGUCUUGCCCAAGGACUCUUAUUGGUGUAGUGUAGGGUGGUUACCCAGGUGGGAAUUGAACCCCCGUCUACAGCGUAGAAGGCAGAGGUGUUACCCACUACACUAACCAACCACACAUUGUAUGUUCUGCAACACUAAUAUGCAGUGGGUAAACAGGCAGGUGCAGUUUCAGACUGAAAUAAUUGGUAGUUAUUAGUUAAAUUGGGGCUAAUCUGAGUUUAAACUACUUUAACUUAGCCUUAAAGUGCCCAAAAUAAACCUUCCAAUAAACCUUCAAAGAAAACUUGUGUAGUUACGUAUUUACAUUUGAACAGUGCAGCAAAAUGACAGUAAAAGCUCUCAACUUUGAAGGGUAAUCAUAUCAGCCAUGCUUCCCAAAGGCAUCCAAGUUUUAAGACCAUCUUAACUGGUAGGGCGAGUGUUGAGUGUGAUGCUCGCUUUACCACUGAAGAAUCAUCCUCGUACUAAGAUGCUUUGGAGAAGCCCUGCCAUGAUCCUUCAAGUCCUCUGGCUCGACUUUUGGCCUUUCUGGGUCUGUUCUACUGGUUAACAAAUGUAUGAGCUGUGUUUGUGGCCCGUGUUUCUUGUUACGACACAAAAACGUCUAAUAAUCUUAGUAAAAACGACUCGGCAGCUCAAACGGAAAAGAGAAGGGAAGCACGGGAGGAGUUUUGGAAAACCAAACCUCUCUAGUUUCCUUCUCUUUCGUUUUGAAGUCACUGCGAGCCUCUGACAGUUUCCACUCCACAUCAAAGGGAAAAGCAGUGAGUUUUGUGAUGUUGAACCUUGUAUUUUCACACGGUUUGUAAGUCAGAUAGUUGGGCAAGAACCUCACGAAGCUGCCCGUUUCCUUCAUGUGCAACCAUUACUGCCAAAGAACACUUGACUACAUGUAAAUAAUCUGGCGGUCUGUUCUGUGAUGAAGUCUCGUCUCUGCUCCCGUUUGUUCCUGCUGAGAGUUACAGUGACGUUUGUGUAAUGUUUUGUCUUCCAGUCGCAAUAAUAAACGAUGAGUUUUGAAGGUAA